AUGCCUGGCUUUGGCGAAAUGGGCCCGCCACCUUCGGCUGGACAAGGCCAGAAAGGACAGCAACCUACACCUACUAAGCCCAUGGCCUCUUCACCACAGAACGAUCCACCCCCCGGAUGGACUGGCCCGCCUCCACCGGGAUUUGGUCCCCCACAAGGAGGGCCUUCCGGACCCCCUCCGUCCGGUGGUCAAACUCAGAGAGCUCCAAGUGGUCCACCACCUGGCAUGCCGAAUUUCUAUGGCAUGGCUCCAGCCCAACCUCCUGCGCCACUACCUCCCAGUUACGAGAAUCCAAAUUACAAAAGAUCACCACCAACAUCUCAUGCACCUCAUCCCAAGUUCAGCGAUCUCCCAGCUGCAUAUGAGCAGGCAAUGAAAGAAUGGAAUGCCAUUUCUGCUGCGCACACAACUGUUGCCCAACUUCUUGCCAGUACAGACUCUUUUGCCCCCUUGCCGGCAGAAUCCUAUCCACCCGUACCAGGCGAUAACAGUUCUGGCAACCUGACACCGUUUGGGCCUGCGCUCAUACACCGCAGCUACGAUAUUAGUAUCCUUUGGACACUGCUCCAUCUUGCCAAGAUUGUUUUACUACGCUCCCAUCCUGCCAUGCCUCCUGCAGCACAAAUGGCAGCUGGUGUGUGCGCCCCGGCUACACAGCCGUACGCCAUGCUCAUCGGACGCAUAACAGCUGGGAUGCAGAUUCCUCUUGGUGAAGAUCUAACACCAUUUCUGGGUGCCGUGUUGACCGAAUCAACCAUGUCACUAUUCUUCGCGGGAGUGCAAUUCCAGGACCCAAUCCACCGGGAGUGGUUGGUUACACGACUUCUGGAAAUCGAUCGUCGCACUGGAUGGGCCUCUUCAGGUAUUAUAGCAAGAGGAUGUGAGACAGCUUGGGAAAAGGCGGCAAGCAUGGGGAGAGGACCGCCAUAUAAGAGGCGGACAAGAAGGCCAGGAGAAGAAGGUCCAUUAGUGCUGGAAGAGAUUGCGACAGUGGCAAAUUGGAGGAGUAAAGAAAAAGAUGACUACGGGAAGGGAGCUAGGGUAGAUGAGGAGGUACAAGAUUUGGAGGGACAGAGCCCAGGUGGUGUGAAAGGAUCGAGUGGUGGAGACAACAGAUUCGUCGUGAAGAGUAGAGUGUCACCUUGGGCACUGAACCUGUUGGGAACCGAAGAAGAAUUACGAGCUGGGAUGGAAAGAUUCGGGUUAUAG